UUUCCUGUUCUGUGUCAAUGAGCAAUGGUUAUACACACGAUGGUAGUAUCAAAUUCCAUGUCCCUUGCACUCCGUCACAGGUGGAAUAACAUGCAGCUUGUUAAUUGCGAGUCUUUGAAAGGCAUUCAGAAGUGAUACACAGAGGGAAGAGAAAUUCACGGAUGUCAACUUCUUUACUAUGAGGAACACAACGUUUCGGAGGAUAUACUUACUCCUUCAUCAGAAGCGUCUCAAUGCCUGACUGCUCCCACAGCCCAGCAGCGUGUCGGACAGACGUAUGACUGUCAAGGUGAAGGACGAUGGAUGGGGUCAAGACCUACCGCCUCCCAAACAUCCCCCCCAGUUGUCCAGCUGUUCCGAGAGUCCCCUCUGUCCGCCCAACCGUGACCAGCGUCAGCUCGUGCAUCAUCGAUACCCCCCGCGAUGACGGCCAGAGCCACCGAGAGAGCCUCUGGUCAUUCCAGAAACAACACCGGGGAGUGAAAGGUCAAGGUGACGUCCUUCCCAACAUUCCUUUCCGGUUAAGGUCAACUGAGAUUGAAGGUCAAGGUGACGCGACUCUUCUUGAUAGUUUCAUGAGUGGAACGUUCAUGGACGGUUCGCUGAUGCGGCAGCUGACUCGGACACGGACUAAUUUACACAGCACUGAUGCGAUCCCGUCCCUCAAGGGCGAGAUGGGCUUGUUCGGGAAGGGAAUCAACAUACCGUUAACCAAAUCACUGAGAUUAUGUUCGAGGGAGAAGCGCAAAAGUCGCAACCAUAGUUCUGGAUUCGUCACAGACAGGCUUCCACGCAUGCCAGGUUACAACGAGGUUUGUGAUGGCGUCAAGAAGACGUCAUCCUUGUUAGACGUACGUCAGGACACCGGUGAUAGGCCGCCAUCGAAUAUAAGUGACGGUAGUAGUUUAUUUGUUGACGUUAACUCCGACAAUGUCGGCCACACUACACACACCUCCAUAGACACCCGCAGGACCCUCGCCGACAUUCUCAACCGGCAUGACAAUUCCCUCUACCAGGACCUCAGCCGGAAGGCAUCAGAGAGCUCCGGUGCCACAUUGUGUCAAACAGUUAAGACAAGUGUUUCUGAUUCCGGGACUAAUAAACAAUGGAUCAACAAAUUUGAAAUGAAAAUUGUUGACGGCAAUGCUUAUGACAACUUCGCCCGGACUCGCAAGCCCGACGGUGACAAAGACACGACAAAGGGGGAUUCCAAAUCUGUUAAACGACCUUACAAUCAGCGAUCGUCUGACCUUGAACUCUUUAAGCCUUCCGAGGUCAAAGGUAACACUCAGAAAGACGGAAGCCCAGUCCGUAAAAUAGCUGUCACGGCAAACAAAACAACGAAACACACAAAGCUGAGAUUAUCGUUGUCAAAUAGUAGAUCGAGUGAAUAAAAUAUUUUCGUGACUUUAUUUGUGGGUGGAAUGUGUCGACAUGACACACUCACAUGGACUGUGUGCUCAGCGCAGCGGAUGGUGUUGCCGAGUUUGGAGGUCUUUAAGUCAGGUAAUAUACUGACAUAAUACUGGUCAUAAGACCGCAAUAUCACAUACGAAUCUUCAGGACGAUUAUCAAAACCCGGGCAUCCCUCGCACCUCGGUCGUUUGGUAGGUGCACUUACAACUCAUCAUUCAACAAAGCUGUGGAAAAAAGAGAGUUUUAUACUGCCGGUUACAAUUGUUUCUUAUUCCCAACUUUGUCUGUCUAUAUGGUACAUCUUUGUUCAAACAGAUAACGGUACAUAAAGUCACGUUCUCUGCAUACCUCCACAGAGCCUCAGUUUAUAAAUAUAUGUCACCAAAGUUGAUAUGGCAGUUAAAAAGUUGUUUUUUUCACUUUUGAAUAAAAAAAUGCAUGGUUUCCGUGG